AUGAUCAUGAGUCAGACGCCGUUCGCAGCUUCCGGGCAGCUGCUCAUCUGGCCCUGCACGGCCUGCAACACCGCAGUCCAGGCCGGCCACGCCGCCGGGGGCCACGGCGGCCCCCUGCCGCCGUCCGCGCCGCGCGCGUGGGGCACCGUGCACCAGGCGCUGCACUGGGCAGUGCUGGUCAUGGGGUUUGUGCGCAGCAUGCUGACCUGGCGCCACCCGGCGCUCGCGGCGCACCAGGAGUCGCUGUACGACGCGCUGGUCUCCCAGAUGCCAGCUCAGCCCGCCGAGUACGUGCAGCGGAUGGUGCAGCACGGCUUGGCAACGGGCCAGAUGUUCCACGGCCUGCUCUUCCCAAACCUGGUGGGCGUGGUCGACAAUUGCGGCCAAGCCGCGCCCAAGGCCGCGCACUUCGCGGUCCAGAUCAUGAGCCUGCUGGCCUGCCGCCGCCCCGCCGCAAUGCUGGGGACGCUGGACCCGCAGCCCCUCUCGGAGGCCCUGGUCAAAUACCUCGCAAGCGUGUUUGACCUGGUGUCCAACCCUUGCUGCGCCGUGGAGAACUACUUUGGCGUUGCUGACGUCAUCAACGCGCUGCCGCUGCUGUACCACGCGGGCGACUGGCCCGAGGCCGCGAAGUUCCUAGUGAAGUACAAACUGCCGGCCGCGCUGAGCGCGCUGUCCAUCAACCUGCUGCACACCGCCGCGCCCCCCCAAGGGGUCCGCCGGGGCGAGCGCGACGGGCGCCCCUUGGACAGCCCUGUCGAUCUGAAGCUGUUCCCUGAGUGCCGCAACGUGAUAGUGGCGGUAUCCGAGCUUUUUGAGCGCAGCAUCCCUCCGCCGCCUCCGCCGAACGCCGCGUCGGCGCCCUCGCCUGGCGCGGCCGCGCCUCUCGGCGGCGGCAGCGGCAGCGGCGGCGGCAGCGGCGACUCGAGGGCCGGGGGCGCGGCUGCGGCCGGUGGUGGUACGCCGGGCGCUAGCAGCAGCGGCGUGGCACAGGAAACCGGUCGUGCGGCGGCGGCCGGGGGCGGGGGCGCCGCAGGCGGCGGCGGGGCGGACGGGGACGCGGCUGGGCUGGCGGCGGCGCUGCGCGCGCGGCCGGUGUCGUUUGCCGCGGCCGCAGUUGCGGAGGUGCUGGGGCGCUGGCAGUGGCGUGGGGUGCCCUGCUCAAAGGCGAGGCGCAUGACUCGGCGGCAGAUUCAGGAAUACGAGGAGUCAGUGAGUCAAACGUACCAGGAGUACAUGCCGUCCUGGAAGCACGCCCUAGCGGCAUCGCCGGCGCUCUUGUCAGUGAAAAUGCAGGAACCAGUGCGAAAAGAGGCAGGGGCUCAGUGCGUCGAGCCGAUAGUGGCGGCGCUCGCAGCCGACACCCGGCCCCCGCUGCCGGAGCUGCACGCCUCGCUGCUGCGCGGGCCCCUCCACCGCGUGGGCAUGCGCUGCGCGCUGCUCGGCUGCGGCGCGGGCUCCCAGCCGGACGGCCGGCCGCUGCUGAGGUGCUCCGGCGGCUGCCAGGGGCUGGCGCGCUACUGCGGCGCGGCGCACCAGAAGCGGGACUGGGCGUCCCACAAGACGUUUUGCAAGCGCUCGGGCAGCGCGGCUGACGCUGCCGGCGGCAGCGGCGCCAGGGCACGGCGGCCGUAG